GGCCCGUGGGGUUGGGGGUGGUUUGUCAGGAGGAACGGAACAGGUCUCCGGGACUGUUUGAAGGGAGGGUCACACAAGAGUUUGGCGCAAAGCCUGCCGGGGCAUGGAGUCCCCGUGAGCUUUGUGCGCAUGUGCGAGGAGGUGAGGGGUCCUGGGGGGGCUUCGCCGGGGAGAGUACGGUGCUGUCAUCCCCCCCCGGGGUCCGCAGGCCCCCAUGGAGGCCCCGUCCCCGCAGCCCGUGAAGCAGGAGGUCCGGGCCACCGAGGGCCUGGCCCUGGACUCGCCGUGGCACCGUUUCCGCCACUUCCACCUGGGCGAUGCGCCGGGCCCGCGCGAGGCGCUGGGCCUGCUGCGCGCGCUGUGCCGAGACUGGCUGCAGCCCGAGGUGCGCACCAAGGAGCAGAUGCUGGAGCUGCUGGUGCUGGAGCAGUUCCUGAGUGCCUUCCCUGCCGACGUCCAGGCCUGGGUGUGCAGCCGGCGGCCCCAGAGCGGCGAGGAGGCCCUGGCCCUGCUGGAGGAGCUCGGGGGACCGGCGAUGAGGGCCCCUCGGGAUGUGACAGACGCCUCCGGGGUCGGCCUCCAGAAGGAAGAUGGUGGGGUGAUUCCGUUAGGAGACGCGGCUCCAGGGGCUGAGGAGCUGGCCACGGGGGACGCCCAGGCCCCGCGGCCCUACAAGCAGGAGCCAGGCAGCCCCCCGCUGGACCCGCCGGCCGUGCCCGCGCCGGGCCUGCCCACCUUCCUGGCCGCCGCGGGCACCGCGUCCUGCCCCGAGUGUGGCAAGGCCUCCUUGAAGCCGGCGCACCUGCUGCGCCACCGGCAGAGUCACUCCAGCGAGAAGCCGCACGCCUGCCCCGACUGCGGCAAGGCCUUCCGGCGCAAGGAGCACCUGCGGCGCCACCGCGGCACGCACCCCGGCGGCCCCGGGCCGGCCCUGCGCCCGCUGCCCGCGCGCGAGAAGCCGCACGCCUGCUGCGAGUGCGGCAAGACCUUCUACUGGCGCGAGCACCUGGUGCGCCACCGCAAGACGCACUCGGGCGCGCGGCCGUUCGCCUGCUGGGAGUGCGGCAAGGGCUUCGGGCGCCGCGAGCACGUGCUGCGCCACCAGCGCAUCCACGGCCGGGCCGCCAGCAGCACCGGCGCCGCCGGUGCGCCGGGGCCCGAGGGCGGGGGACCCUUCCCGCCCUGGCCCCUGGGGUAACCGCCCACUCUGGGACCCUCUCCUCACCUCACCUCUCCUUUGUUUAAACCUAAAGCGUCCGACGCCCUAAUUCCUGGUUCCUUCCCAGCUUUCUCUGUCCCAACCCUUCCUUUCCAGUUCAGAUCUCCCAUUCGUCCACCCGUCCUGACCUCCCACCCUGUCCCACCCUGUGAAAGGUGCUUCCACAUCGCACCCUCCUCUCCCCACCCGCCCUGCACCCGGGGAGGGCAGCACGGUGGCCCAGGAGCCACAGAGAGGAGCGCAGGGCAGGAGCAGCAGGCGGCCGCUGGGUGGAGAGGAGGCGGAAGGCAGGGGACUGUGUCUUGUCCCUCGGAGACCCCCGGACAGACUGGGGGGCAGGGGAGGGGUCUGGCUGUGGGCUCCUUGGUCUUGCUCCUCUCUGCGCCCCGGGAAAGCAGGAGACGGGCAGCGAUGCCCGCUCCGGGAAGCACGUCGGAAGUGACGAUCCACCAGCAUCUGCAGAGCAAUAAAGUCACUGAUGAGGUGUGCAGCCCAGAGUCCGGGGUUCUGUUGUAGGCCCGCUCUCCAGGGCUGUCUGUAGGGGAGGGCUCCCUGCACCCCCUCAGCUCAGAGGGACCCUGAGAGCCUGGGCUCAGCCCUAGGGUAGCAGUUCCUGUCGAGUGUGGGGGGACCCAUGAGAGGAGAUGGGAGAUGAAUUCGCACCCAUUU